AUGUCGUAUAAAUCAUUUAAAAUAUGUGUAGUUUUAGAUAUUUUAGACGUCACGUGUCCCGGUGUGUGGAUAUGUCCCAAAGGAAUGAUAUAUCUCGAUAUUUGGUUGUUCGGGUGUAACAGUAGCACAUCGUAUGUAGAACCCAAAUUUCCUUUAGCUUUCAAUGAAACAUUUAACUUCCACAAAACCUUUACAGAACUCUCAAACUUGAGGGACAUUCAGAAAGUCUUGGAAGAGAAAUGCAUGAAAAUAGAAUUAGUGCAAGCCUACAAAAAUAAACAAGUCACUUUAGCCACAUAUAGCUCAUAUGUCGAUGAAGUAUUAUACCCCGAACGCAGUCGGUUGAGUAAGAAUGGAGAAAUGGCAUUGCUCAUGAAAAAUGAACCUUUAUUUCCGGGAACUAUUUCACCGAAAAUUACACUAGUCACCAAGACCAGUGUUACAGAACAAAUAAACGUAAUUUCACGUGUAAAUGAUCAAUGCUCACCACAAUAUUUAGAAACUCAAAAUCAGCCUAACAGAAUGAAAAGAGUUCAUCACUCCAAAUUUAAGAAUUCGCAGUGUUCACAUAACACAGAACUUAGGACAACUAAUGAAGAUGGAAAUAUUAAUUCAGACACAGACACAGACACAGACAGUCAACUAUAUUGUUUAGGAGCAAAAAAGGUAAUAUAA